UUUUUUUGUUCUUUUGUCUUAUUAUAUCGUUGUAUCUCAUCAUCUCAAUAUUAUUUCUGAUUUAUUUCUAAAUUCUACCUGUUUUAUAUCUUAUUCCUCUGUUAUUGUUUCAUCCACUGUCUUAUACUGUCUAUUAGCUACUUUCCUCCCUUUCUAUCUUCCACGAUAUAUGAUAUGACAUUAUUCAUCCAGUUCUUUUAAUCUCAACCAACAAUCACCAAUAAUGCCGUCAAAUAUCAGCAACAAGUAUAAUGAUAUUUUCUUCAAUAUCAACAACAACAAUACCACAGAUAACAACAACAGUGUAGACAACAACAACACUACAACUGAUGAGGAUUUCAGUCUAAACAAAGCCAAUCUUUCAAGUCUAUUUCUAAACACUUCUCCAACUUCUUCAUCAAAUAACAACACCAAUAACGCCCUGAGCAACAACAAUCUCCUUGCUCUCAACAACAAUCAAAUAUUUAAAAGCAAUUUGGUAUCCUCAAAGGGUGUCAACGCCAAAAAUAUAAAUCAAUUUAAACAAAAUUCCUUCAAAUUGAAAAGAACUAAAUCUCUAGGCAUUUUAGAUGGUUUUAUCCAAAACGAAAAUCACAGCAAUAAUCCCAAUAACAAUAACAAUACCACUAAUAUCAGUAAUAAUUCCAAUAACAUAUCCAAUAAUAUUCCCAAUAAUAUUGAGAAAAGUAAAGACAAAAUAAACAUAAACAACUUCAAUAACAUAUAUAACCCCACAAAUAUCGUAUACAACAACAAUAGAAUUAAUACUAUAAAUCUCAACAACAACAAUAUUAUUUUAAAUACUAACAGAAGAUACAUCCACAACAGUGUAAUAAACCUACUGUCUUUACACCCUUUAAAACCAACAAACCCUCCUCCUGCACCUGUCCCUUCUUCUUCUUCCUCCUCUUCUGCCUCUGCCUCUGCCUCUGCCUCUGCCUCAACUUCAACAUCAGCUUCGACCUCAACCUCGACCUCCCAAAAUACGACUUCCUCUCCAUCUUCUUUAUCAAUCAACAAGCUAAAUAAAUCCUUAUCCAAAAAAUUCAACAAAUCAUCCAGCUCUAGCAUCAACAACAAUAUUAAUAUUUUAAACAACAACAAUAACAUCAAUGACAACUUUAUGGCAAUAGAUUUUCAACCCCAGGAUGACAACGCUUUAAUCCAUAACCCCAAAAACAGAGUAGACUACUUCUCCCACAAUUGGAACGUCUCCGAUAUACUAAAAUCUUGGAGAUACAUUGUCUAUAAGACUAGGAGAAAUAUAGCUCAUGCUUCAAGACUAGAAAAUGCAACUUGGAGAACUUGGGCCCAAGCAAAAUAUAAUCUCAAAACCGUAUCCCCAGAAUCGAUCAAUUGGGAUAAAGAAUUUGAUGUCACUUGGUUAUAUGGUCCUCUUUACAAUGAUUCUGAUGAUUCCCCCUUCUUGUACUCUUCAUCUCCAAUCAAUUUAAUCAAUAAACAUAGCGACAACCAAAAUGAAAACUCUAACUCAAACGAUAACCAAAGACAAAGCCAAAGCCAAAGUCAAUUAAACUCAACGCUAACUCACAAUACAUCCUUUAUAAAACCAAUCCUAAAACAAAGAAAAAUAUCAGAUAAAAUCCUUUCUCACACAACUCUAUUCAAAUUAUCCUACCAAAAGUUAAGCCAGUCAGUUAUCAACAACAACAACCUACUAAACGAAAACAAUUACUACUUCAAUAACCAAUAUCCAAAUAAUCUUGAUUUGACCAACAAUACAGCCUCAAAUCAUACUUUAAACCACACAAAUAUAUCCCAACUAAACUCCUCUCUUUUAGAUGACCUGUUAAUGUUUAACAACCUAACCCUAUCAAAUACCGCCAUUAACACCACCUUCCACAACUUCUCAUCUCAACGUCCUCCAAUAGCAAAAUUAUCCCAGGUUCACCAAUCUCCUCCAAAAUAUGAUCCUGAUUACAAUUCAAUCACAAGAAAACUUAAUUCCCAAUACAACUUUAAGAAAAAUCCUUCUCAGAGACAAUCCAAACUUAACGCUAUCAAUAAUAACGUCAAUAUGAAUAACACCAACAAAAACAUUGUUCCUUAUAAUCCCUUUCUUUUAAGUCACUCUUCUUCUUCUUCUUCUGCUUCCUCUCCUUCUUCUCACCUAUCUCUUUUGAUGCCUCAAACCGAUCCCUUGAACUUGAAUGUUAAUUUGAAUGUUAAUUUAAACUUAAAUGUUAAUUUGAAUCUAAACAACAACAUCCCCAAUAAAAACAAUCUAAUUAAAGAUGAUUCUUCACCUACAACUAUUAACUAUAAUAACGCCGAUAGUAAUACAACUAUCAAUAAUAUCUCAUUGGCUUCAAAUAAUACCAAUAAUAGUAAUAUUAAUAAUAAUUUGAAUUUGAAUCCUGCCACUAGCUUUGCAACUUUGAACAACUCUCAUUCUCAAAUCAUGUCUCAAUUUGAUGAUUCUUUCUCAAUGAAAUCAAAUCCAAAGACUUUGACCUUUUCAAAUGCCGAAAAUGUUUAUAAUCCAAUUGUUAAUAAUAUUGAUAUCAAUAACAAUGAUAGCGAAAUUGCUCCUGAAGUAAACAUAAUUGACAAUGACAUCUCAAGUUUAAUUGAUAACAAAUCAAUCAAUUCUAAUAACAAUUCUAUUUACAAUCCUAGUAUCAAUAACGACUCGUCAAUUGCUCAGCCAAUGAAUACUACAUCGAGUUACACUUCAAAUAACAAUAGUGAUAUUGCUAGCAAAAAUAACAAUUUAUCUGUUUGUGAUCAUAUAUCCUCAAAGAAAUCAAAUUUAAGUGUAAAUUUAAGCAAUAUCAAUAGCGUUUCUUCAAGCAAAAAGGAUUCUCGUCGUAUUCAUUUCUCUGAGACUGUUGAUCAAUGUAUCGCUGUUAUUUCCGGCUCGGAUUCGGAAUCUGAAAUUACUGAAUCUGAUUGUUCAGAUUCAGAAUUUGAUGAUUCUAAUUUAAACUUGGAUUUAAUGAAGGAAAAAUCCAAUACCGAAUCAGAAUCAGAAUCAGAAUCAGAUCACGAUCCAAAAUCGGAAUCAGAUCAUGAUCCAAAGUCAGAAUCAGAUCGUUCUUUGCCUGUUGUUAACUCACAAACCCCAAAUUAUAAUUCGCCAAUUAAAGCAUCUUCAAUAUCUAGUUUUCGUAAUAAGUUUUAUAUUAGUGAAUCUGAAGAUUCAGAGGAAGGUUCCAGUGAUAGAGCUACUGGAAAUCAAAGUCAUAACUCUAAAAAUUCGUUCAACUCUGUUAACUUUAACAAUGAUAGUAUUAACAACAAAAAGAAAACAAUAAACGGGAAUACUUAUGAUGGUAAUAAGGAAAACAAAGAUAGUGAAGAUGAUGAUGAGAAUGACGACGAUGACGACGAUGAUGGAGGCUUUUUUAUUCAUUUCAAACCUGUUAUUAAACGAGAUAUCUCAGCUUCUAAAUCAAAUAGCUCUCCUAACCCCCCCUUAAGUUUGACUUUGAAUUCAAAUUCUGGUAAAAAUCUUAAAAAAACCAAAAAAAUCCACAGGAAAAAGAAGAGAAAAGUGAAAAAACCCAAAAAAAUGAUCAAAAUUUUACCUUCAACAAAUAUUAUUUUUGAAAAGGAAGAAGAAGAUUUUGGCUAUUAUGAUUAUUAUGAUUAUGAUUAUGAUUACUAUGAUGAAAAAUCAGACAGCGAUGACAGUAAUGAUAAUUAUCUUGGGUUCUCUCAGAAUGAAUUUGCUCAAAUGAAACCUCUUCCUCAAUUAUUAAACCGAUCUGAAGUUAGUUUGGAAAACAAUUCAUAUUUCUUGUCAAAUAACGUUAAAUUUAAUGGUAGUAAUAAUUUUGGAUUUGGUUUGUUGAAAGACCUGAAAUUCAAUGAAGCUGAUACUGCUGAUAUUACAGAUUUACCUGAAAAUGUUCUUAAUAAUUUAAAAAGUGAAAAUUUGAUCAAGACUGAUGGUAGUAAUAACAAUCUUACAAAUGAAAAUGGUAAUAAUAAUGGUGUUGAUAAUACUAUUAAAGCUAAUAACACUAGCAGUAUCAGUAGUAACAAUCUUAGCUCCAACUUCCAAACAGAAAAUCCUACUUCUUUUCCGAUUAUGAAAGAUUUAGUUGAUCUGGAGAAACUUGAUAAGGCUAAAAAACCCGAUAGGCCUUCAAUGAAGAGAAACAACUCGACAUUUCUUUUUGAUGAUUCGGAUGAUGAUUCAGAAGAUUUUUCCGAUUAUAAAGGAUCAGAAUCCGAAUAUGAUUCACACUCUAAUAGUAAUAGUAAUAGCAAUAGUAAUUAUAAUAAUGAUAAUAUCCCACUUGUUUUGAAAUCUGAUUAUUCGUUAAAUCACAAUUAUAAUAAUUUAAAUGGGAAAUUUGAUUUUAAAAGUUUCAAUAUCAGUAAUUCUGAUAACGAAUUGAAUAGUAAAAUUUGCAAUGGUGAAAAUAAAAUCAGUCCAAAAAAUGAUUUUAAUGAUUUUGAUUGUUUGAGUAGUGAGAGCAAGAUAGAUUCUGAUCCAAGUUUAAAUUUCGGAUCUACUAAUACUAAUAAUGAGUCUAAGGAUUUAAGUAAAAAUGGAAUUUUUGGUGAAGAAAUACAUUGUUUUAAAGAGUCAUCAAUAAAGCCAGCCGAAAAAGCUAAGAGCAACGUGAAACCUGUGAUUAAUUCAAGUAAAUUUCAGUUUGGAGACACCAAUUCUGAUAACAGUGAUGAUGAAGAUGAAGAUGAGGAGGGAGAUUCAUAUUCUAUGAAUCUGGAGCAAUUUAACAAUAUUUCUAGAACGUUUCAAAAUAGGAAAAAUUCUGGAUCAUCUAGUUUCAAUUGUUCUUAUGGGAAUACAUUAACGAGAAUUACAUCUGGACCAAGCAGCAGCUCAAUCAUUAUUUCUGGUGUUUCAGCCACUGGGUUUAUAUCCAAUCCAGCCCCUGAUUCUCAAAAGAUUUCUAAAAAUGAAAGGAUCAAUGGACUCAGAAAAGAGUUGAGUAAUAUUCAUCUAAGACAAGAUUCCACAUCAUCUAUUUCCAAUUCUAUAAAUAAUCCACCAAUAAGACCUCAUACCAACUUGGUUAAUUCUAUUGCAAACAACAUAUUUAGUUGGAAUCGACCUGAUUCCAAAUGAUUCUUGAGGUUGUCAAGACCACAAUUUUCUUUUCAAGUUUUUAUUAUAAUAAUGAUUUAACAAAAGCAUUAUGCUGAACAACUUUCCUUAUAACGUCUGAUCUUCUAUUUUUUUUAUUUUUUUUUGAUAAAACGCCCUCC